UCAACAACCACUCACCUUCUUCCCCAUAAACCAUCCCAUCCAUGCUCUCUCUCUCUCUCUGCAUCUCUCUCUGUUUUUGAUUUUUUUAUUUUGAUUUUGAUUUUGAUUUCGAUUUUGUACAAUCCAUCCUCUGCUUUGAUUGAUGAUUCAGUGAGGAAGGAGGAGCGAUGAAGUUGAAUAUGAAUUGCUUGUUGAUUUUCGCGCUGGUGGCGCAAUCGGCGGCGGAUGUAGCGGGGGAUUUUCCGACGAUGUUGUUUGAUGAUGGAUACACGCAUCUGUUUGGUGGUGAUAAUUUGAUGGUGUUUCAGGACGGAAAAAUAGCACACAUCACGCUCGAUGAAAGGACUGGUUCUGGAUUCGUUUCUCAUGAUAUUUACCGGUAUGGAUAUUUUAGUGCAUCGAUUAAGCUUCCUGCGGAUUACACGGCGGGCGUUGUCGUUGCGUUUUAUAUGUCUAAUGGAGACAUGUACGAGAAGAAUCACGACGAAAUAGACUUUGAGUUCUUAGGAAACAUAAGGGGAAAGGAGUGGAGAAUACAGACCAACAUAUACGGCAAUGGAAGCACCAGCAGAGGCAGAGAAGAACGAUACGACCUUGGCUUUGAUCCAUCCGAUGAAUUCCAUCAAUAUGCAAUCCUUUGGACCGAUAGUCUCAUUGUAUUUUACAUCGACGACAUUCCUAUACGAGAGAUUAAAAGGACUGAAGAAAUGGGAGGAGACUUCCCAUCAAAGCCAAUGUCGCUCUACGCGACAAUAUGGGAUGGCUCCGGUUGGGCGACGAACGGAGGCAAAUACAAGGUCAACUACAAGUACGCGCCUUAUAUAGCCGAGUUUUCCAAUUUUAUUCUUCACGGCUGCGCCGUCGACCCCAUUGAAGGCGCGGAGUGCGAAGACGCGCCGCGAUUUGCGUCGAUGUCUUCGAACAUUACGAGCGAUCGGAGGGCGGAUAUGGCGAGGUUCAGGACUAGCUACAUGAAAUACUCGUAUUGCUACGACCGGGCACGGUACAAAUCUCCGCAAUCCGAGUGUGUGAUCGUUCCGACCGAAGCAGCACGGCUCAUGCGCGCCGAUCCGGUGAGGUUUGGAGGGGCUCCGCGGCGCCACCGUGGAAGGAGACGCCGCCGGAGCCGGCCGGAAAAUGAUUGGUCGGCGUCCAUAUAAUGGUCACAAAAAGGUAAUGUAGCCAUUUCCCCCUUUUGGCUGUGCAUAGAGAUGAAGAAAGUAACUAUAAUGCAUGUUUUGAAUUUUGACUGCAUUUUUAUUGUUUUAUGAUCAUCAUAAUAUAAAAUAUUAUAUAUAUAUAUAUAAUAUAAGUUUUUUUUGGC